AAUGUUCCAGUGGCAGAGGGCAGCCAUGAGCCAUUGAAGGGUGGAAUUCCACGAGUUGCUGACUUUAUUCAUGGCUCUGAUGGACUUGGAAACAUAUCCCUACCCCAUCCAACAGCUAAGAAAAUAGAUAAAAGUGCUUCGGAGUUUUUGGUGGAGAAGGUUUCUGAAUACCCUGGUGAAGUGUCUGUGUUAGCUGGACCACUUACAAAUUUAGCCUUGGCCAUCAGAAGAGAUUCUUCUUUUGCUAGAAAGGUGAAGAGAGUGGUUAUACUCGGUGGUGCUUUCUUUGCCUUGGGGAAUGUAAAUCCAGCUGCAGAAGCAAAUAUCUACGGAGACCCAGAAGCAGCAGAUAUUGUGUUUACUUCUGGCGCCAAUAUUGUUGUUGUUGGAAUAAAUAUUACAACCCAAGUGAUAUUUUCAGAUGCUGACCUCCUUCAAUUGAAAAGUUCGGGAGGAAAGCAUGCACAACUCAUAAGUGAGAUGUGCAACUUUUACCGGGAUUGGCACGUUAAAUCUGAUGGUGUCUAUGGAAUUUUCCUUCACGACCCUGUCAGUUUCGUAGCACUUGUUCGUCCAGAGCUUUUUACUUACAAGCGAGGGGUAGUGAGGGUAGAGACACAAGGCCUCUGUAUCGGGCAUACGCUAAUGGACCAAGGGUUAAAGAAAUGGAAUUCGACCAAUCCAUGGACGGGGUUUUCCCCUGUUUCGGUUGCUUGGACGGUGGAUGUCGAUGGGGUCAUUAAGCACGUCAAGGAGACAUUAAUGAAACCCUGAAGUUCAGACAUCUUUUCUUCGACAGAUGUCAAUAAUAGGGGCAUAGUUGAGCACCCUCCUCACUUGGAAGUUGGAAAUGUUAUCAAACCGAAUAUUAUCUUUAUUGCACUCAAUUUCAACCUUGACAUAGGCAAUCGAGGGUUCUUUGUCGA